UAUAACGCACCGCAUUACUGUUGAAAACUUCGGCGAGUACAGUUCGGUCUCGAUCGAGCUCUCGCUGUUGUGCGUAUUUCCCCUAUCGCAAUAUUCGACCUGGUUGGUGUAAAAUAUCAGUGGCUUGGUGGUAGUUAACUAGCAGCAAGCGAACAUCGUUUUGGUGAAGUGAAAUUUACCGUGGUUUUGAACGGCAAGGCAAAGGCCUUCCCGCUGGUGAAACCAACGCGUGUGUAAAAUCUCGCAAACAGGGUACGCUUCUUUGUGUGUGUUCGAAAGAGUUAAUAUACUGCGUCCGAUCUGUUGUAAGCUGCGCCGCUAUUUUGGGAGGAAAAUUGUUGCAAAAGGGCAAGAUUUUCAAUAAACAGCUCACACCACAAGUGAGUGAAAAUACAACAACGCAAGCCAUAAACGUCAGUGUCUCUACGCAAACUAUAAACAGGUUACGCCCGUUACGAGGUUACCCAUCCUAACCUCAAAUUGAAGCUUGCUUGAAAAAUAAAGAGACGACAAAACCCCGCACACACAAACACAUGCCCGUGCGCUUGCGUGAGUCGCGUGGAAAGGGCCAUCGAAAAACGCCUGUGUACGGUUGUGUGGUAGUAGUGGUGGCAACAAAGAACAGUGCGCACCCGUGUGUAUGCGUGUAUGAGUGCGAUCGCCGCAGUGCGUGUGUCGAAAGCGAACGAUAAAGGGAGCGAUGCAAUCGCGUUCUAUUUUAUACAAAAAGUAUAAAAGGGCGUGUUGAAAAUUUGACGACCGUCUCGGAAGGGUGUUAGAAAGUACGGAAACUCUGCCGAUUAAAUUUUACCGAUCGAAACGGGUGCAAUCACGGGUGAAUGACUGUGAACGAAGCAGUGAAGGUUUUAUUUGUGCCCGUAACGCACGACGCCAUCUUAGCAAAAAACAAGGGAUUCGCGACCCGUCUCGAAUCGUUGUGCGGGGCUUGUCAGAUUGACAAGUGAAAGAAGCAGAAGCAGUGCGCGUGUGUAUACAAACAGACCAGCAGCAAGCCGAAAACAUUUGCAAAACAAGCGUGCGUGCAUUUUAAUUGUGCCUCCCGUGGUGGUGUGUGCGCGAAGCAAUAUUCACAAGCAAUUAGUAAAAUGGGUGCUCAGGUGUACAACCAGACGAUCGAGCGGCUGCACUAUUCGCCGGUGCCGCCGAUCAAAAACUACAAACGACUGUCGCCGGCCAAAAGCCUGCUGAACCGCACCAAGCGCAAUCUGUUCGGUUCGGUCGAACCGAAAGCAUUCAUGGAGUACUACAAAAGUCAAAUGCAAAAGGCGAGCGAGGAAAAGCGGAAGAAAUGGAACUUCAACUUCAACCUCGAAAAGCCCCUGGACGGUCCGCUGCAGUGGGAACCGGUGGGUACGAACCGUGUUCCGGUGGUCACGUUGACGCAGGCCGCACACGUGAUACCGGGCACUAGGCGACCGGCGGGACUGGAGCGUAGCAGUAGCAGCACCAGCAGCAGCUCGGCCGACAUCCUUUCGUCGGACGAACUGAUGGACCAGCGGGCGGAACGUGCAAACCGGGGCAGCAGUGUGGAGUCUCUCGAUGGAUCGCUCUCGUCACUGUCACCUGCCGAAGAGGAGGAGGAAGAGCAGGAAUCGGUCCAGACGUACCCGAUAAUGCCCAGCUCGCCCAAGAAGAAGAGCGCGUCGCGCAGCCAGUCGCCCAAACCGUCGUCCUCGAAGGGUUCGAAAUUGCGACAGCCACAGAUUACAGAAUUUUUGAAAGAACGCAAGCGUCGCCUGUCGUCCACUGUUGCGGUGGAGAAAAUAUCCGCCAAAAAGGUACGCAUGAUGAUGGCAGCUUCUUCCUCGUCGUCCGAGAAUGGUGAUGCUGCUGCCGGUGGUCCGCAGGAGGCUUCUGCAUCGACAGCAAACUAAAACACUUCAGUGUGCCAUCUGACAUGAGAGAAACCUCUGGACCAUCGAAACACGUUACUUUCCUCCACAACAGCACCCAGCGGACACUAUUCCACGACUGUACGCCGACGAUGUCAGUGUAAUGCGACAGUGUCGGAAUAUAGGGUAUAUUUGCUGCACAUUACUCUCUGGCAAAAGUGUGCGAGCGCUCGCGGAAACCGUACUGUCUGUGAAUAGUCGUAACAGUUAUUUUUUUACUCUUAGUAACUCUUCAAAUGUGAGCUAGGAAACACUUUAUGUGUUCCGUGUUUGCAGCAACCAACGACAGCAGCGGUACCUUUUAUUUGGUAUAGUUGUUUUUGGCUUUUCUUAUAUUUUUCGAACCAUAUUUACACCAGAAUUUUGAUAUUUACGUUAGUUCGGGGUUUAUUGCAAUGCUAAUAUUGCAUUCUUUCGAAAUCCAUAACUAUAGUAAUUCUUAUAAGUUUACCAGUUUGAUCGUAUAUACACACACAACCCCCGCAAUAUUUUCCUUUUCGUUGGUCUGUGGUUACUUUUUAUUGCAAGAAGUAUCUCUCAGAUUUUUUUUUAUUUUUGUAAUUGUAUAUUUAUGUGUAUGUACAUAUUAUUAGCUGUAUUUUUUGAAUAAGUACUUUAUUUGAGUUCGCAAAUUACAAAUAAAUUAAACAUUCAUAAGAAAUUUGAAAAAGCUGUAGGGUGGCAACAAGCAUCGUACGCUGUUUUGUUGAAUUAUUCAAGCUUUCAAUGACCGAUGAAUCAAUCCGUAGACACAGGAGAUGGAAAACAACUUACAAAAUACAUUGUUUUGCGUCUUCCGGUGUCUGAUCUAUCGCUUGAAGGAAGCUUGACAAUGAAACAGUAUACAAGGCUGUGCAAUUGAAUAGAAAGGAACAUGAAUGAAUGACUUCAGAAGGGAUGUUGUAUUACAUUGUUCUUUUACGUUGUAAAAAAAUAAGCUCGAUUAAUGCUAUCUUAAGGAAAAUCGUUUCCAGUGCUUAAACCAUUAUAUUAACCAUAAAUGUGUUGAUUGUUCGGUUUAGGCGGAAACGAUUUUUUUAGGCUACAAUACGGCACGGAACGUUCGAAAAUAUACUCUUAACAUUAAAGUUAGACCAGAUCUGCAACAUUCGCAUGUUGGAAAAGUGAUCUCAUACUAACGCAUAUGCAAGAAGUAAUGUUGUUUUCACGUAUACAGACACACACACAAACACUUGUGAUAAUGCGUUAGUUAUUGAUAAAUGUUUUUAGCACAGGCGUUUCUCUGCUUUCUUUACUUUCCUAGUCUUUUUCAUUAUUCUUUUAUUUUCUUAACGAAUGUGCUUCAAACUAUAAAAAGAAUCCCACAUCGUCGAGCGGGUAUUUUGUAUAAUAUAAUAAUUCUUCGUCUAAAUGCCUAAGUAUGAUUUAAGAGGAGCAAGCUAACAGAACACUCUAGUAUGUAACUUCUCGUGCCAAAUCGAGAGUGGAAACUGGUGUAAAAUUCGGAAAACAUUUACGUUUAUGAUGCGAGGGUGCGCACAACAAAAGGCACGAUUUGAUUGAUCUGAAUUACAGGAUAAAUCAAAUCGUUCCUUUUUCUAUCGAAGCCCAAAGCAUUGCAAAAGAGUAUUCUGUCGGGAUCCAACAUAGGGUGAAACAACAUUUAUCGUUACCAUAGUCGAAUAGAAACAGUGGGCAGUAAUGAUAAGCGUUGAAAAUAUCGUCUUGAAGAGCAAACAAAAAUAAAACUACAUAAAAAGAAAACAAUACAAAAAGUAACAACGUAUAUCCUCAAACGACACAACAAAAAAGUAAAAAUAGCAAUAUAAAGAUAAACAGUAAACUCUCCUUUCCCUUCACUCUAUCACAUCUAGUGAUUUCUUACCCAAAAUUAAUAAUUUAUACCGUAGAAGUUAUAUUUUCUCAAAGAAAGUUCAUAAAAUUAGGAAACCUCCGAUUUGCUUUAGGGAACACUAAACGAUGUGUUUAUACAAAGGAAGCAAA